AUGGCCAUCGAACAGGUCGCCACUGGCGAGAAGCAGGUGGAAGCUAUGGAUGAUGCGCCCCAGAACGUCAUCGUCGCAUCUCAGAAAGACCUCGAAAACAUUCCCGAAAUCGACCAUGUCGCCGAAGCAAAAUUGGUCCGUAAGCUUGAUCGAUUUAUCGUUCCGCCUGUCAUGUUACUGUAUCUCGUUUCGUUCCUGGAUAGAGUCAACAUCGGCAAUGCUCGCCUUUAUGGCCUCGAGAAGGACUUGAAUCUACAUGGAUCCCAAUUCCAAACCGCGGUCUCGAUCCUAUUCGUGACAUAUGUUCUACUCGAGGUCCCAUGCAAUCUCCUUAUCAAAAAACUACGACCCUCCCGAUUCAUCUCUGCCAUUACAGUGGGCUGGGGUAUUGUAGCAACGCUCACUGGUUUAGUCCAGGGGUACGCCGGACUGAUUGUCUGUCGCCUUCUUCUUGGUGCUUUGGAGGCGGGCCUCUUCCCUGGAAUGACAAUCUAUCUCACCAUGUUUUACACAAAACGCGAACUCGCCCUUCGGGUGGGCUACCUCUUCGUAUCAGCUGCGAUUGCCGGUAGCUUGGGAGGCUUACUGGCCUAUGGCAUUGGCUUUAUGGACGGCGUGGCGGGCGAGUCCGGUUGGAGAUGGAUUCUCAUCAUCGAGGGAAUUAUCGUGUUCUGGUGGUUGGCUGACUCUCCUGAGACUGCAUACUACUUGACGCCCGCGGAAAAAGACCUGAUGCUGGUCAGAAAACGUCGUCAGAUAGGCCAUACUACCUCCGGCGAUCUUCUACACAAGGAAGACGUGAUCAAAGCAUUCAAGGAUUGGAAGAUCUGGCUGUUUGCUGCUGGACAAUUCGGUGUUGACACGCUUUUGUAUGGUUAUUCGACCUUCCUUCCGACUAUUAUCAAGGGAUUAGGGACAUGGUCAACGCCUCAAGUUCAGGCUCUAACUGUUCCAUGCUAUGCCUUGGGAGCUAUCACUUAUUUGACGGUUGCAUACUUCUCGGAUCGCUACCAGCAGCGAUUUCUGGCAAUCCUCCCCUUUGCAAUCAUCAGCAUCAUUGGUUAUGGUAUUCUCCUGGCUGAUGUUGCGCCAGGAGUUCACUUCUUUGGCUGUUUCUUGGUCGCCACAGGUCUUUAUGUCUCAGUGGGAAUACCACUCGCUUGGUUGCCAAGUGGACUUCCAAGAUACGGCAAGCGAACAACUGCAACAGGGAUGCAAUUGACUAUAGGUAAUUGUGCUGGAAUUAUGGCACCUUUUCUCUACAAAACCAACGAAGGACCCCGAUAUACUCGGGGCCACGCCGUCUCACUGGCAAUGGUUGCAAUGGCCACCAUAUUCUACAGCAUCUUAUGGGCCUAUUUCAUCGCUGAAAACAAACGGCGCAAUGCAGGAAAGAGGGACGGGAAGAUCGCCGGUAAGACGGAGGAAGAGAUUGCGGAAAUGGGGGACGAGAACCCACGAUUCAUGUUCACUCACUGA